UUGACCAAAUAAAAAUAUUUAUUUUCCCCCAUAAAUACUUUGAUCAUCCCAAAAAUGAAAAAAAAAAAUCACAGCAAAUAAAUACAAGGAUUUAUAACAACUCAUAAUAUCUAUCCAUUGGGUAAAAUGAAAUCCAGCACUUAAUCCACGACAAACGACAGCCGUUGAUCUGCAUGAUUUUCCCACUUGGAUUUUCCGUACUCAAUACGGCUGAGAACACCACAUUCCUCAUCGCCUUCCAACAAAAACCAAACCAAACCAAAAGGAAGGAAACCAACACAGCAAUCAGAGAAACAAAAAUGAAAACGGAAAAACACAAAGUGCAGAAGGAAACGCGAAGAUUAUAACAGAUACAGAGAGAGAGAGAGUAGAUAAUAGAAGAAACAGUUGAACCAGUUGCCGUGUUGGUGAAUCCCAGAAGGGACCCAACAAUAAGAUACGCCUGAGUCCAGACGCUCUUGCGCUUCUUCUUCGCACAAAGAAAAAAAAAACAAGAAUCAAAUUUAGCUGUUUCAAAAGUCUGAAUUCCGGAAUAUUUUUGAGAAAGGGGUCUCAAUCCUCCUCUGAGUGCGGUAUUUAAAUUCCACAACGUGUUUGGACAAUUGAGGAAAAUGAGUAUGUGACAACAGUUGAUUGGAACAACCCAUCAUUAGGUUUGGUAAUGGGUUCUGCAAACAUGGAGAAGAAAUGGCUAUUCCCUCUUGUCAUAAGCUCUGUCAUAUGCAUAUUCCUUCUAGCCACUUCCUUGAACUUGGGUCUUGUCUCUUCACGACAUGCAAUCAAUUCAAUCUUCUCAUUUUUCCCAUCUCGGGUACUAGCAAACCAAAGUAGUCUAGCUUUUGCUGAGAAUAUAGUUUCACAAGGUCCACCCCCUCCUUCAGUACCAGCAAUUCCUCGUUUUGCCUAUCUAAUUUCCGGGUCAAAAGGGGAUUUGGAAAAGCUUUGGAGAACUCUUCAAGCACUGUACCAUCCGCUGAAUCAGUAUGUUCUUCAUUUAGACCUUGAGUCACCAGUAGCAGAAAGAUUGGAGCUUGCUUCACGAGUGGACAAUGAGACGAUGUUUAAUACAGUUGGGAAUGUAUUUGUGAUUAAGAAAGCUAAUAUGGUAACUUACAGAGGACCGACCAUGGUUGCUAAUACUCUUCAUGCCUGCGCAAUUCUUCUCAGGAGGAGUAAGGAUUGGGAUUGGUUUAUCAACCUUAGCGCCUCAGAUUAUCCUCUUGUUACUCAAGAUGAUCUUUUUCACACCUUUUCACCUUUAAAUCGAAAUCUCAAUUUCAUUGAGCAUACAAGCCAACUUGGUUGGAAGGAGGAAAAACGAGCAAUGCCUUUAAUUCUAGAUCCUGGUCUCUACUCAUCAAAAAAACAGGAUGUAUUUUGGGUUACGCCCCGCCGAACAUUACCUACUUCAUUUAAAUUGUUUACUGGUUCAGCAUGGAUGGUCUUGUCACGGUGGUUUGUAGAGUACUGCGUUUGGGGUUGGGACAAUCUACCGAGGACCCUUCUCAUGUACUACACAAACUUUGUUUCUUCGCCUGAAGGCUACUUUCACACUGUCAUAUGCAAUGAGCCAGAGUUUGCUAAAACUGCAGUCAACCAUGACUUGCACUAUAUUUCUUGGGAUAUUCCUCCAAAACAGCAUCCUCAUACCCUCAACAUUAAUGACACAAACAAGAUGAUUGCAAGUGGUGCUGCCUUUGCUCGGAAAUUCAAAUGCGAUGACCCUGCCCUAGACAAGAUCGAUAAGGAUUUACUUCGUCGAAGAAAAGGGAGCUUCACUCCUGGUGGUUGGUGUGCUGGCAAACCCAAAUGCUCCAGGGUUGGGAACCCAAACAAGAUCAAACCAGGUCCAGGGGCCGAAAGGCUUCGCCGCCUUGUGGGUAGGCUUACUUUGACAGCUAAGUUUGGUCAAAACCAAUGUAAAUAGAUUCUGUGGACAUUCUUGCAAAUCGAAUUAGUGAAAGGAAAAGAAAAAAGGUAAAAUGAAGAGAAAACCAUACUUCUAUUCUAUCAACAAGCAAGACAACAGUUUGUUGGAGUUUAAGGGAUCAAAUUUUGAUGCUAAGCUUGAUAGAAUUGAGACAGGUCAGUGUCCAUUGAGCAUGACCCUAAGUUGUCACAUUCUUGAACCCAAAAAGGAGUUUGAUCAUAAUUGUUUCGAUAGGUCCUACAUUUAGAACUUUUACAAUCAUACAUUUUAUAUUUAGUA